AUGGCCGAUAAUCUAGGGCCGCUCGGAAGAGGCAGAAGCAAGGAUCCCCUUGAUGAGCUUGGAGGUCUCGUAGGUCAAACUCUCAAUCUUUUCGACGGGCAGGCCGCAGCGAAAGGCCCUGAGCAACUCGUGGACGUCUAUGGCGCAACCGCAAGAGCGACAGCUGCAACAGAUAACGUCAUCGCUCAGUCUAUGGAUCUUGACUUGCUGGGAACCUCCAGCACAGCGCAAGUUGCUCCAGGCCCCCUUGCGCGGAGCAACACCUUUGGACAAGAAGCCGAGAUACCGCUAUUUAAUGACGAAGUACAGAUAGGUUUUACACAUGUUGUGGAGGAGGUGCAGUCUCCGUCAUCCAGCCCGCAGAACGAGCCAAAGCCCAUCGAGUCCCGGUCCGAAGUGGGCCCUAGCGGCUACCACCUGGUUUCAGAUGGGCCUAGCACGAGCACCGGCGAACCCAACACGGGCCACCUCAACGAGCCCCCUCUCAUACGUGUGUGGAUUCGCGAACCGGAGCGCGUGGAGGGGACGAACAAGCUUGGGAUGCGCACUACGUACUUCACGUACCUGGUCCGGACAGAGAGCCAGCUGCCUGGCCUGCGUACCGACGGCUCGGAAGUUCGACGCAGGUUUUCGGAAUUCGAUGCGUUGCACAAGGUGGUGAAGCUGCAGUACCGUGGCUACAUCAUUCCGCCACUGCCCGAAAAGUCCUUUAUUGAGGCGAAGCUCGCGCACGAGGACUUUUUGAGGCUGCGUCGCGCAGACCUCCAGGCAAGUAUCGCUUUCCUCCGCGGCAUUGCGCAACACCCUGUGCUGCGCGAGUCGGAGGCGCUCAAGCUGUUCUUGCUGCAGCCCGGAGAGCUCCAGUACAAUCCAGCAUGGACGGCGCUUCUCCACAGCGUUGGGGGCUCAAUGGAGAGCUCCGAGGGCACGGCCAGGUUGCUGACGACGCAGGGCGCGGCCACUGCCACCUCCAAGGCAGUUGCCGGGCUGAACAGCCUUGUUUCCUGGGUGCGGCACAACGUCACGAGCAGCAAGCGCGAGCUGGACGAGGAAGAGCAGCAGCUGCGGCAUGCCAAGGAGCUCAUGCGUGACCUGGAGCGCCUCCUGCAGCUGUGCUGCGAGUCGGCGCGCAUCAUGUGCAGCCACAUGGACUCUCUGGGCGCGGACCUGUACGAGCUGGGGCGCAAUAUGGGGAUGCUGUCGAAGUGGGAGGAGACCCUGCGUGCAAACGUCGGUUCCUACACUGAGGCCGGCUUCAGCGCCAGCAAGCGUGCUGCGCACUGCAAACAGCUCAGCUUCGCUAGCGCGCGGCAGCACACAGUGUGGAAGACGGCGUCGGUGAAGACGGCCGCCAGUCUGGUCGCAUUGCAUGACUACUAUAUCGUAAUGCCCGAGGCGGUGGCGGCGCUGGAGGAGCGAGAGCGGUGCCUAGACCAGAUUCAGGCGCUGGAGGCUGAGCUCAUGGCAAAGCAUGCCGACUUGAACAAGACCACUGGCGGCAGCAAGGCCGCUUCAUCCAACCGUGACCGGCGUGCAUACACUCUGACCAACACCGUGGACCGCCUGGAGGAGCAGCUUAAGGUCUGUCGCGAUAACUACGUACUCAUCAAGAGGCGCAACAUGGAGGAGCUACGCCGGCUGCACCUGACACGCGAGAAGGACUUCCACGAGAUGAUGGCCAGCUUCUCGGCCUUACAGGCUCAGCUCCUGCAGGCAUCCGCGGACAUGUGGCGCACAACCGCACGCCAGUUCGCUGGCGAGGCGGUCACGCCGGCGGGGUCCGCGGGGGGACCCCAGGAGCAAGACGACGAUUGA